GUUGGAGACAAGCCGCGCAGGACCUACAACACCCACAAACAGCAACAGGAUAACAAACUGCUGGCAUAAAGUCUCGUAUGAAUUCCGACGAGAAGGAGGACUGUGAGUGUGCGCCACCACAGGCCGAGACGAGCUCCGCCGGAGGAGCCGAUAGAGAACACGAGGAGCCUGAAAUAGAAAACCCAGAAGCAAGCCGAAUGAAGCGAGCAGCUGCCAAGCAUCUAAUAGAGCGCUAUUACCACCAGUUAACGGAGGGCUGUGGGAAUGAGUCUUGCUCCAACUCGUGGUGUGCCUCAUCAGUUGGCUUCAGCCGCAUGGAUAACAACGAGGCAGCGGUCAAAGCUCUGGAGCUCUACAAAGUCAACGCCAAGCUAUGCGAUCCACACCCUUCAAAGAAAGGCACCGCUUCCACCUACCAGGAGAGCAGCGCUCACAGCAACUCUGCGUGCAGCAACAAGAAGAUGAACCAUAAAGACAUCCACUCUGUGCGCGACAAUUUUAAAGAUGUAAAUUACCUGACAGAGGAGAAGGUGUAUGAGAUCCUGGACACCUGUGGUGAAAAGGAGGAUUACUCCCCUCUCAUCCGAGUGAUAGGCCGAGUUUUCUCCAGUGCUGAGGGACUGGUGCAGAGCUUUCGCAGGUCCAAACCACACACCAAGGAGGAGCUCAAGUCUCUCCAAGGUAAGGACGAGGACAAGGACGAAGAUGAAAAGGAGGCAGCUGCGAGUUCAACUACAGCUAUGGAGGAGGAUUCCCCCACCUCCUCAUCAUCAUCGAGGCUCGGCGAGUGCUCGUCGGGAGAAAACGACGUCCAAAAGCUGGCUCCCGAUGAGGUUUCGGUCGAUAUCGAAGCUGUGCGAAGGGUCUACGAGCGCCUCCUGUCCAAUGAUAAAAUCGAAGCCGCCUUCUUGAAUGCGCUGGUCUACCUCUCGCCUAAUGUGGAGUGCGACCUGACGUACCAUAACGUGUAUUCACGAGACCCAAACUACCUGAACCUUUUUGUAAUAGUGAUGGAAAACAGCAACCUCCACAGCCCCGAGUACCUUGAGAUCGCUCUCCCGCAGUUCUGUAAGGCCAUGAGCAAACUCCCGCUGGCGGCUCAGGCCAAGCUGGCCCGUUUGUGGUCGCAUUACAGCGCCGAGCAGAUCCGGCGCAUGGUGGAGACCUUCCAGCAGCUCAUCACCUACAAGGUGAUCAGUAACGAGUUCAACAGCCGCAACCUGGUCAACGACGACGACGCUGUGGUGGCGGCCACUAAGUGCUUGAAGAUCGUCUAUUAUGCAAACGUGCUGGGCGGCGACCUUGACAUGGAGCACAACGAGGAAGAAGACGAGGAGCCCAUUCCAGAGUCCAGCGACCUCACCCUGCAGGAGCUCCUGGGUGAAGAGCGCAGGAACAAAAAGGGCCCUCGAGUAGACCCGCUGGAGACGGAGUUGGGAAUCCGUACGAGCGAUUGCCGGCGGCCGCUCAUUCCCUUUGAGGAGUUCGUCAACGAGCCUCUGAACGAGGUGUUAGAGAUGGACAAGGACUAUACUUUCUUUAAAGUGGAAACUGAGAACAAAUUCUCCUUCAUGACCUGUCCGUUCAUCCUGAACGCCGUCACCAAGAACCUGGGUCUGUACUACGACAACCGCAUCCGCAUGUACAGCGAGCGGCGGAUCACCGUGCUCUACAGCUUGGUGCAGGGUCAGCAGCUCAACCCUUACCUGAGGCUCAAAGUGCGCAGAGACCACAUCAUUGACGAUGCUCUGGUCAGGCUGGAAAUGAUAGCAAUGGAAAAUCCUGCAGACUUGAAGAAGCAGCUGUACGUGGAGUUUGAAGGAGAGCAAGGUGUUGAUGAAGGAGGUGUUUCCAAAGAGUUCUUUCAGCUGGUGGUGGAGGAGAUCUUCAACCCAGAUAUUGGCAUGUUCACGUAUGACGAGCACACCAAGCUGUUCUGGUUCAACCCGUCGUCGUUUGAAAAUGAGGGCCAGUACACACUGAUCGGCAUCGUUCUCGGUUUGGCCAUCUAUAACAACUGCAUCCUGGAUGUCCACUUUCCCAUGGUGGUCUACAGGAAGUUGAUGGGCAAGAAAGGAACUUUCAGGGACUUGGCUGAUGCCAACCCGGUUUUAUACCAGAGUCUGAAGGAGCUCCUGGAGUAUGAGGGCAGCGUGGAGGAGGACAUGAUGAUCACGUUCCAGAUUUCUCACACGGACCUGUUUGGGAAUGCACUUAUGUACGAUUUAAGGGAAAAUGGGGACAAGAUUCCCGUCACCAAUGAAAACAGAAAGCUCCAGGAGUUUUGGGAGACGUUGCACUCAUUUGGCGAGGAGCAGAAACGCCUCUUCCUACAGUUCACCACCGGCACCGACAGAGCGUUACCGACUUCCCACACUUGCUUUAACGUGCUGCUGCUGCCCGAGUACAACAGCAAGGAGAAGCUGAGGGAGAGACUGCUGAAAGCCAUCACCUAUGCCAAAGGGUUUGGCAUGCUCUGAACCCCUGCUCCCUACAGACUCAGAACGCCCAUAAACCCUGCCCUGCCCUUCCUGUAUCAGACACAAUCUCAACGGUGACCAGACAGGCCAGAGUAUGUUUCGAGGAAAAGCAAGUGAAUAAUGAAAGUGGAUACGUGGUUCUAAUAAAUCUCUCUAAUA